AUGUUACCAAAGUUAUGCGGCAUUUCAUUACAAUUUUGGACAUAUAAAUAUGGCAUAAUAGCGGACAUCGAAAAGGUAUUCUUGCGGCUUGAACUUCAUGGGAGAAUAGCGUUUAACGUUGUAUCAAGUCCGGUUCUUCUGACUGCAGUGGUUAAGUACCACUUACAUAAGGAGAUUCGGGAGGCUCGUCGUGAAGGCAAGGUUGAAGAGGUUGAAGCGUUACAACAGCUACACAACUAA